AUGCUUCGCAAUGGCAUUGUCCAUAUUGAGAGGACGCAGACACUGAACCGAACACUCACGAAAGCUCCGCGUGCAGUGAGACGUGUAGGACGACGAGGCUAUGCCUCGGAAGAGGAAGCCAAGUCCUUCAAGGGCCAACUGUACGACAGCACAGCUCAGAGGUUACAAAGGGAGAGAGCAGAUCAGCUUCGCUUCGCCGAGAUUCGAGCUGCCCAGAAAAGCUCUGGAGGGUCGCCUGUAUGGAUGGUGCCACUGGUCCUGCUGACCGGCGCCCUCGGCGGUUAUAUCGCUGGUCAACAAGCUCCAGCUGACCCUGCCCCGACUUCGACACUGCCACUUGCGGCCGCCAGUCCUCCCAAACACAACAUCGCACCAACCAACCUCGAAGCAGCAUGGACCGAUUUCCGCGACAUCGUUGGCCAGGACAACAUCUCGACAGAGGCUUCAGAUCUCAGCUCACAUUCAGGCUCCGAAUGGAGCUCCUAUCCCGCACAUCCUGGUGAUCAGCCCUUCUGCAUAAUCAGACCCGCCUCGACCGAACAAGUGAGCGAGAUCAUGAAGGUCUGCCACCGUCGCCGCAUCCCAGUCACCCCCUACUCUGGCGGAACCAGUCUGGAAGGCCACUUUGCUUCCACAAGAGGUGGCGUGUGUAUCGAUUUCAGUCGCAUGGACAAGAUUUUGAAGCUGAACAAGGAUGACCUGGACAUUGUCGUACAGCCCGCUGUCGGCUGGGAGAGCUUGAACGAGGAACUAGCCGAUCACAACCUUUUCUUCCCGCCGGACCCGGGCCCUGGUGCCAUGAUUGGUGGCAUGGUGGGCACUGGCUGCAGUGGCACAAAUGCUUACCGUUACGGAACUAUGAAGGACUGGGUCCUAAGUCUUACUGUUGUCCUCGCAGAUGGAACCAUUGUGAAGACCAAGCAACGUCCCAGGAAGUCGUCUGCCGGCUACGAUCUCACUCGCAUCUUCAUUGGAAGUGAAGGUACCCUUGGAUUGGUUACUGAAGCAACAUUGAAGGUCACCGUCAAGCCGCAAAAUACGAGUGUUGCCGUCUGCACAUUUUCUUCGGUCAGAGAGGCAGCCAAUGCCGUCUUCAAGGUCGUAGGAGAGGGUGUGCCUAUUGCAGCAAUUGAACUGCUGGAUGAUGUCCAAAUGCGAUGCAUCAAUGACGCCGGGCAAACCUCAAGAUCGUGGAAGGAAGCUCCCACUUUGUUCUUCAAGUUCAGUGGAACUCCAACCAGCGUCAAGGAGCAUAUCGCAAUCGUUCAGAAGCUUGCCAAAUCGUCGGGCAGCAAGACUUUCGAGUUUGCAAAGAACCAGGACGAAGCCCUCGAGUUGUGGAGCGCUAGAAAGGAAGCCCUCUGGAGCGUCAUGGCCAAGAAGCAGAAUGACGGUGACCAUGUCUGGACUACGGAUGUCGCAGUGCCCAUCUCCCGCUUGCCUGAUAUUGUCGAAGAGACCAAAGAAGCCAUCUCUAAGAGCGGCCUGACAGGAGCUAUUGUUGGUCACGUAGGUGAUGGCAACUUUCAUGCCAUACUUCUCUACAACGACAAGGAAUACAGCCUCGCAGAAGACCUUGUCCAUCGUAUGGUCAAACGAGCUAUCGAGAUGGAAGGCACAGCCACUGGCGAGCACGGCGUUGGCAUGGUCAAACGGGAUUAUCUCGAGCAUGAAGUUGGCCGUAGCACUGUCGAUUUGAUGAGAAAGAUGAAGCUUGCCCUUGACCCUCUGUGUCUACUCAACUGUGACAAGGUCGUUCGCGUACAACAGCCCAAGCCUGGUGAAGUGCAAGAGUGGUAG